CACAGAAACUCAUGGGCGUGCAUUUCCAGCCAGCCUGAACGGCAACUCCCAAAAUAGCAGUGCAAAGUUGGGAAGGCUCAAGAAAAUGGCUGAAAUAGAGUCACCAAUAACUCGGCAAGUAACGAGAGAAAACGGGGAUGGUAGAGGCCCUCCGAUCGAUAUUCGCCUUGAAGACGUCGAGGAUUGUUUAAUUUACGACCGCCACGGAGUCUCUUUUCCGUUCAAGAAAUUAUACCAAGACAGGAAAUCGGUCAUAAUUUUUCUGCGGAAUUUCUUGUGCUACAGCUGUACAGAAUAUGUGGAGGAUUUGAGCAAAAUACCCAAAGAAACACUACAGGAUUCUGGCAUUAAUUUGGUUGUGAUUGGCCAGUCUACUCAUCAUCAUAUAGAGCCAUUCUGCUCGCUGACGCGGUAUCCUCAUGAAAUAUUUGUGGACCCGGAGAGGUGCAUUUAUCAAAAGCUUGGGAUGAAACGGGAAGAGAAAAUUACAAACUCAGCUCACCCAAGCCCCCAUGUGAAGUCUGGUAUCUUUAUGGGCCAAAUGAAGAGUAUAUGGAGGGCCAUGACUAGUCCUGCAUUUGACUUCCAAGGUGAUCUGUAUCAGCAAGGUGGAGCUAUAAUUGCAGGACCAGGCUCUCAAGUCCAUUUUUCCCAUUUCAACAUGAACCGCCUGGACCACAUGCCCAUUAAUUGGCUCCUGCAGCUUGCUGGAGUUCAACAGACUCUGGACUUCAGUGAUAAGCCAAAGGUCAUCCAUGUGUAGCCAGCUGGCUGCCUGAAAGCGAGCCAGUCUGCUUUACCACACAUUACUGUUAUAAUCACACGUACACAAUGCAAACAUGUUGCUCAUUUAGUUAAAUAUCACCAUUUUGCUCUGAUAAACCAUUGAGUAAUAACUUGGCUGCCUUGCCAAACCUUGGCUGCCUUGCCAAACCUUGGCUGCUUUGCCAAACCUUGGCUAAGUCUAAAACACACAGUCUAAGCAAAGCAUGUGUUCCUGUUCAUUCUUGAGAGUAGUUUUUAACUAAUAAAAUCUAAGUUGCGUACUUGCUUUUCCCAGAGCUUUCAACUGCACAAAGCUUUGGUAAAAAUCUAGCAAGUGGACCGAGCAAAUUCAGUCUGCUGAUGAAGACCUUGAGAUGUGGUGAAAGCAACCAGAAAAUGCUUGCAAAUUGACCGUUAGUUAUAGUUAUUGUCAAAAUACAGUCUUAAAUCUAAAAGCAUGAGUGAUUGAGUGUGGAUGUGCUUCUUUUAAAAAAUAUAUAUAUUUCAAGCUUCGUACAUUUUCUACCUUUUCUAUCAAUUACUGUUUUUCUGUUGCAUAUUUAUACAUUUAAAUACAUUUGUAGUAUGAUGGCUGUGUGGUUGAUUUUCAUGAACACUUAAUAAUAGGUCUAAUAACAGGUGCACUGAUGUUAGCCUUGUCCCAGUCUGUUAUGUUGUAAAUAAAAUGUAAUUGCUA